UCCAUGCGCCUCAACUUCAUUCAUUUUGGAAAAAGUUAUAUUGUGCGUGUAUGUCUCAAAAAAAUGGCGAAUGAUAAAUUUCUGUUCAUUGUUUGAUAUAAAAGCACAAUCCUUAUAAAUAUUUUAGCAACUCUACUCAUUUGUUUGUGUGAUUGUGAUAAAAACGUCCGUGGAAUGGCUGACGCCUUGGUGGAGCGGAGGCCCCCCGCUCGCUUCUUUUGCCACAGGUGUAACAUUGAAUUUGAAGAUGUUUUACAGGACUACACAUGCCCAUACUGCGCGAGUGGGUUCAUUGAGCAGUUAGAGAACGAGACGGAGGCACCAGCAUCGGGCGACGACUUCAGCGACGCCGACAUGAGCAACCUGGAGGAGAUGAGCACCAUCGACGAGCUGAGCCAACUCGAGGAGCUCGAUGAGAUCCACCAGCUCACUAACGUCCCACCAAUGCUAAAUGAUCUGGCGUUUCUCAUGUCUGGCGGUCGGCUACGGGGUGCGGGUCGGAGAGAAACACUGAUGGAGCAGUUAGUGUGGAUGAUAGGGGGCGCCCGCGGCGGCGCCGGCGUCGCGGCCGGGGCGCCCUUCGUGCUGGUGGGCGCGCCCGGGGACUACGUGUUUGGGGGCGAAGGGCUCGACGCAGUAGUGACGCAGCUGCUGGGCCAGCUAGAGAACGCGGGCCCGCCGCCGCUGCCGCGCGAGCAGAUCGCCGCCAUCCCCAGUGAGCCCGUCACUCCGGAACAAGCCGCCGCUAACACGUCAUGCUCCGUGUGCUGGGAGGCUUUCCAAGUAGGCGAAACAAUAUCCCGGCUAGAGUGCGACCACAUAUUCCACUCGUCGUGCAUCGCGCCGUGGCUGCAGCUGCACGCCACGUGCCCCAUCUGCCGGCGCUCGCUGCUGCCCGACGAGCCCGCCGCGCCGCGGGACGCCUCGCCCAGCCGCGACGCCGCCAGCGAGAGCAGCUCCGCGCCGCAGAGCGAAAGCUCCACUACGUCGCUGCCGAGACUGGUGCUGCGGCGGGCGGGCGCGCGGCGCGGGCCGCCCAGCAGCUCUAGCUGCUCGUCCAGCUCGGGCGCCGGCCCGCGGGGGCCCGCCGGCCCCGAGCCCGACGCGCGCUCCACCACCGACUCCACCAACUCCUCCAACUCCACGUCCUCGCUCAGCUCCAGCGACCGCGACCACCACGACCGGCAGCAGUACAACAUGGACAUUGACUUCGACUAGAUCCCCGCCGGUUCUGUGCGCCCGGUACCGAGACUUAUAUAGCGCGGCGACGGUGUGUCGGUUCGAUUAGUGUGAGUGAGAAAACAUUCGGACGGAUACUAUUUAUUGCGAGUGAUGCUUUUCGUAAUAAAAUGUUAAAUUUAAUUGACGGGACUGUUUCGUACUUUAGGAUUUGGGGGGCCCUCGGGGGCCCGAAAUUGGGGGCGCUCUUCGGUAUGCAUUGAUGUGCUACGCCUAGAUUCCGGUUUGAACCGUUCGAAGUUCUGAAGUUUGAAACCUUUAGAUGACUUGAAGAUAUAGUGACCCCUUGUUUGGUGUUAUUGUAUAUUAUCACCAGCACAUCGAUACAUACGACUCUAUACUACGUUGUGUACACCGUAGUAUACAAAACUAAUAAACAUCGCUUGCGCAUGUACCAUGUUUGACUCCAAAUUUCAAACUUACACGCACAUAGCUAAAUAGCUUUGGUUGAAUUAUAAUAUUUCUCCGUAGAAUAAUCACAUAUUCGGAGCGCCGAUGUUGUGUGCCUUUGAUUUCCAUUACAACUUGUAAACAUUGUCUACAUCAAAAUUGUUCUGUGUGUCCAAUUCAGUCUUCAACGUUGGGACAAGACUAGUCUUCCAUAGAAACUAGAUGUGUUUUUGAAAUAUUUUCUAGAAUCCAAAACAGUUUUGUCGACUGUAUGAUAAAUGGAUAAAAAUAUUUCAUUUGACAAGCAAUUGAAACAUAGUUUCAAUGGGAGAAUGGUUUUGAGUUUGACUAAAAAACACUUCUCUUACAACAUUGUUUUCGUGUAAAUUUUGUAAAUAUGUAUUAGUGUUUUAAGCAUCUGUUGCUAAUUGAUAUUGUUUAUGGAUUUACUAUGUAGUAUAUCCAGCCAGGGUUACCCUAGUAUGGUCGCUACGUGUAUAGAUAAACAGGUCGCGCAGCUGCAGUGGACAGUCACUUGACAAAUGUUACAUUUCCCAAAGGGUAAUCGUAGCAAUAUUCUAGUACGAAUAUUGCUAUCUUUUCCCCACUGCUCCACUGUUCGCUACUCGUUUACGAUGUCUUUGGACUAUUAUAAAGUUGGUGCUGUCUUAUUUACCUCAUAGCCUAAAUAGUUAGAAAAUUCUACUCUAGGCGUAUUUUACAACAGUCAAAUAUAGGAUAGUAACGGAAUGUUUCGUCGACUUUAUCAGAAAAAUGAGAAGUGCCUUCUUUUAGAUAUUUCAAGUUAUUUAGUAAUCGUUCUAAUAUCAUCUAUAUUGUCAGUAUGUAUGUUGUCAGUUUCACAAAUAAGUCUAUACCAUAUAGGUGUCGUGAUAUUGCAAUGAUUAUUAACCAAUGAAGGACUUUCCAAUCGGCGUUCCCCAAAAACACGAUAGAUGGCGUUGUUAAGUUUUUUCUUCGUUUAAACUUCUAAUUUCAUGGAUAACAGACAUAAAACAUGGACAUAAAAUAUGCAUCUUUUAUCUUUGUUUCUGGGUAUAAAUGAUGACCCUUUUUAUUACACCAAGGUACAAUUACAACUUCCACCCAUUAUUAUUCUGAUCAAAAUAAAGAGAAUCAAUAUAGGUAGCAACAUAAUUCUAUACAUAAUGUGAUCCAAAUAUCAAGCAACAAUUAGUUUUAUACCGGGUGUUAGUGACAUCGUAACGAAAAAUAAAUGGAACGUCUAUUUGAUUGUACUAAAAACGAUGAUAGGUGUUUUUCUUGUUGCAAAUGUUUAAUAAGAUUUUGAGUUUUUACUACGCCGCAAUGUAAACCAAACAACGCGAAACAGUCGCUAAACCUACCUACCUACGCGCGGCUACGUUACCCGUGCGUGAUACGAUGUUGAUACCUAGGUAGGAGUUUUCGUUCUCUUUUAUUUAGAUGCUUAUUAAAAUGUCCCUAACUUAUUAAAUACCCUACUCUUACCUUACCUUAAUCGUUAUUCCUUCGGAUGAAGUACCUAGGUACCCUAGAACAUGUCACGUCACGUAGGUAUGCAACAUCGCGUAUCCUACGCGGUAGGUAGGUAUCACACGCACUCACAUACACAACACCAUGCUCUUUAAUAAAACAUCAACAAUCUUCCAUACUCUUGCGUAGUAAAUGGUCUAUGAUCCAUAAUCAUAGUCGACACUACUCAUUUACAAAAUAAAACACUCACAAACACGAAAAAAAUAUCCUCGCAAAAUUUCACGCGAUUCGGGUCAAGGUUAGCAUUCGACUGAGCGGAAGCGAAAUUUUGCGACAGAAAAUUCCACAUAUCAACUCAGAAUAUACUUACACUCGGUAUAUGCUUCUCCCAUUACAUUACAUUUUUGAACAAUUAUGUACCCCAGUAAUGAGAAAAUAGGUAAUUAUCACGUUAAAGGGAACAACACCAUCUAUCGUGUGUUUGGGGAACACCGAUUGGAAAAUCCCUCUUUUGGACCUCGCAGCUAUAACUAUUCUAUUGUAAUCCUGGCCUUAAAUAUAGAGGAGAGAUACGUUUGAUGUUUUUUUUUUCUUUUAAUUUAAACUUUUUUACAAGUUGUUUUGUUGGAUGUUGUGAGAAUAUGUGGUCCCAGAAUUGGAUUCACAAUCAUUUUGUUGAAAUAAAGUUUGGAAUUUACUUGGAUGUAUUAGUUGGAGCAUGCUAAGGGUGGUUUCACACUACAUCCGAUCCGUGUACGUGAAUAAGCGAUCCGAAGUAGUUGUGUCUAUUUGUAUCUUACGCACUAUGUCCGAUUUCCGUCAUUGAAUAUCUCUAAGUAAUUUUCUACUAUCCGUCAUUCGGAUGUAGUGUGAAAACGCCCUAAGUGUGUGCGUUACACAGUGUGCCGUAUAUUUUAUACACAAUUUAUAAACAAAUGCAUGACUUAUGUUAUAUUAUCACACUUUGUGGAAGUCUAAUUUGAAAUUGCUCAACUGUUGUUCUUCAACAUUGACUAAAUUAGCAUUUUGUGGGGUGUAGAGUGCUGUGUUGGCAUAGUUUCGGAAAGCGUAAAGUACUUGCGAGUACUAAUGUAAAUUUAAAUAAACUGGACUCUAUUAUUCCGAAAAAAAUGUUGUAAAUUUGAUAUUUUAACUCUAAUUUAUAAAAAUGUUACAUACUGAACGAGUGAAUUGUGAUAAAUUGAAAUUAUCAUUGUUUUGGCCGCGGUCUUUUUACGACGUUACGUGUGUCUCUCGCUCCACCGUUUAGAGAGAGACUAGAGAGAGACAGUAUGAAUGUGGCCCAUUUUCUUUGUUAGGAUGAAAAGUACGACAGGGACAUUCCUGCGUUGUCUGUGAGAGUAUUUUUAUAUAGCUAGGAUAUUUUAUUUAAUCAUCAGAAAUAGUUUAAUGGCCUUUCAUAAAUACCAUUACAGCAGUAAGACUAAAAAUAAUCUACCCUAACCUGAUUACUUAAAGCCAGGCUUCGUACACUUGCUAUUUAACAAUCGUAUAGAGAAAGUAUACGUAGAAUUAGCAAAACCUAUGUUCCUACGUUAGGGUCGUACAUUUUGGAGUUGAUCACGCACGUUUUUCACCAAAAGAUUUUUGUUCAAGUUGAAAAGAAUUUAGGGAAAUUGCUUGUAUAUUUUGUUUUGUAAUUGAAGCACUUUUCCUAAGUUCGCCAAAGGGUCAUUCAAGAAAUGGCGAGGAAUCAGGUAAGUGCAACAGGUCAAACGGAACAUAAAUGACUAAAUCGAUGGUGAAACUAGUGCUUAUAAUUAUGCAUUUCAAUUAGGUCUGGGCUACGGCCCAGGUCUGCGACUGGUCUCUUAAGUGCUUUACUUAAGAUUAAAAUUUGAAUGUGUAUUUUUGUAUCAUCACUCAAUGUACUUAUACAAUUAUCUGUAAGUUAAAACGGGCUGUGAGUGACAACAGGUACCUACGCGUCUCACGCGCAAUCUCUUUUAACUUAGAGGUUAAAUUAAUGUAAAAAAAAAACAUAAAUUUAUCACAUCAUAGAAUGCAAAUUAUUAUCAAAUUUCUUAAGGGGUUCCAAGUAAUUUAUUAUUAAUUUAAAAAAAAAUCGUCUCUUCAAUUUGGUAUGGAACUGUGUCAAAUUGCCACAAAUAUAUUUUGACAAAGUUUCAUAUCGAAAGUGUUUACCUGACAAAAAGUUUUGUUACAUAAAAUGUAUACAGGCAGAUAGUAGUAGAAGUUUGUAAAAACGUAAAAAAUUAUUAAGGAAGUGUAAAUGUUAAAUUAAUAUUAAAUUUAAUGUAAAGUUUUCAAAAUAAAUACAGGCAUAUUA